AUGUGCUUGUGCGGAGGCCUCGCGGACGACAACGCCAGGAUUAUCUUCCUCGCCGUUGUCCUGGCAGCUUACAUGCUCGCAGGCGCGGCCCUCUUCCAGAGGCUAGAGAGCGAUCUUGAGAUACGACAGGCCGCGGAAUUCUGGCGAGUAUAUCACGCGUUUCGAAGGCAUCAUCUGCGCGGCAGUCCGUUGGCUCUGCAGAGGUUGCACGAGCUGCUCUACGCGUACGGCAACGCUUCCGCAACCGGCAUCAUCAACAAGAGACGCCGCUGGGACUUUUCCGGUAGCUUUCACUUUGUGGGCACCAUAGUUACUACGAUCGGAUACGGAAGCACCGCGCCUCAAACGACCGCGGGCAAAGCGGCCGUUGUUCUCUACGGCUUCUUCGGUUGUUCCGGUGGCAUCCUGUUCUUCAAUCUCUUCCUCGAGAGAAUUAUCACUCUUCUGGCAUGGGUUUUGCGCAACUGGCACGUAUAUCGUCUGAGAAGGCGUCUUCGCAGGUCGACGUUGGUGUCACGCCGAGUUUCCAAGUCGUCGAACGCCCAACAUCCGUCCUUGCCUGAUAUCCUCGAUGACGACGAUCAUAUGGACCUGGACCAAUGGAAACCUAGCGUGUAUUGGGUCAUGCUCUACUUGUCCACGACAUCCUGCAUCAUUGCCUGUUGCGCCGCCGCGCUUUACGCGUCACUGGAAGGCUGGGAUUACUUUGACGGAUUGUACUUCGCAUUCGUCAGCUUCACCACCAUCGGCUUCGGUGACUUCGUCAGCACGGAGAAACCGAGCUAUCCCCACGUACAUUGGUACAGAUUCGCAAACUUCGUCUUCCUGGUGAUGGGAUGUUGCUGCAUAUACUCGUUGAUGAACGUCACAUCAAUCGUGAUAAAGCAGGGCCUCAAUUACGUGAUACACAAGCUGCAAUACGGCAAGCGGGACGUGGCGGCGCCGUACUUGCCAAGAAAACAGUCCUCGGUGUCGACAAUAUACUACUCGAAAAGAAGACCGACGCGUCUCGUCGGCAAGGACUCGAUCAGGGCGGAGGACAGCUCGGAGACGCCGCGCAGAAUGUCCGGCGAGAUGAUCUGCAUGAAGGACCUUCUCUCCACCAACAAGGUCUCUCUGGCUGUGAUGCAGAAGCAGCUGUACGACGCCGCGCAACGGGGCGGAGGCGCACUCGGGGCCACGCCGAAUCAUCAGGUGUUGAAGCCCGGAGCGGUGGGUCCGCUCGCGAUCGCCAGCGAAAAGUUCGAAAGCAAAAGCGCGAUAAACAGACAAAAGAGUCACGAGACUAAGUAGAAGCUACGAGAAAAAAAUUUAUACACUUAUGAUAGUCACGUGUCAGUAUUAUUAAGUAUAUUUUUUAUGUCGUUGUGUUUUGUGUUUUUACGGGCACUUACCCACAAAGGAAGUAGUGAGGAUGAUUACCGCGUGCCGAUUAUAAUCGUAUUGAAACAUAGCGAAAUUGAAAAAAAAAUCAACGCAAUUGUAUGUGGCGUAUACAAGCGGUACAUGCGCAAGCAGUUGAAUUAAAAAAAGAAUUUCCUUGAGAAAUUGGGUUGGCGAUGGUGUUGUUGAGAUUUCGCCCUGUAAACUGUGUGCCGUGCCGCACACAGUUAAAUGAAAGACAAGACACAAGCAUCCGUACCGUUCAAUCGAGAAUAACUUUAUUUUUAAGUCUUCUUUUAUAGUACAGUCCUCCACGUACUCAACGACAUCGACAAACAUGCAGUUUUUUUCUGUCUUCGCAAUUGCGACAAUGUUAUAUUAUUACCGUGUGUAUUUACCGUGUGUAAAAUAAAAUUCAAAUCGUCGUCGUUUCGUCGAAAAAUUUUUCCGAGUGUGAAAAUCGUUCGUGUGCGUUUUUAUUUAUUUAUUUAUUUAUUUUAUUUUAUUUUAUUUAUUUACGACAUACACACAGACACACACACCGAUCAGGGACUAUAGGGAGAGGAAUUCGUAUCCGAACUUAGACGUUGCGGAAAUGCACAAUCUUUGGGACAAUCGUUGCGAGAACUCGCGUUGUAACGUGUUUAAUCAGACGUGUGCUUGUAACGUGUGUAAUCAGACGUGUGUAAUCGUUUAAGACGCGCGGUUGGUGUUUUGGUGUAACAACACACACAGGCUUAAAAUACACGUACGUUGCUCCUUCGUCGCUCGUGAAAUCGCGGGGGAAAGGGGGCAAGUCCCCCCCUGGUAAGUCUACGUAAAAACUACUAAAGUGCGUCGAUUUCGAUCCCGGAUAUACUGUUUCGAGGGCCGACGAUUUGAAGAGUGGGUUUUCUCAACUAGAUGGGAAACUGGGCGAUUGCGAAACGAUUACUCGAAAAACAGUGUGUGGGUAUACAUUUCCGUCGGAGAUCCUAAGGAUACGCUCGUUUUUUUUUUUUUUU